CAGCUCUCUCUCCCUUCAUCCGUUUUUAAGUUGUUCUUCGUCUCUAUAUUCUUCUCUUGAUCUCGUUCGCAUUCUGAUCUCUCAUCCGUAUCUCCUCCCUCCACUACGGAACCCACAUUAAUAGAGGGAGAGAGAGAGAAGGAGAUCGGACUGUCGUUUCUUGCGAUUCGAGGGAAGGCUGAGAUCCGGUGGAGGGAACAGGAAUUUGGAUCUCUAGCUGCGAUUUCUAGCCGGGCGACAGCGAUUCUGAGACGGCUUCUCUAUUCUGUGAGAUCGCUCGUGAUUUCGAGAGUCUGAGCAAUGACGGCCGAUGCGAGCGAGUUUAAUGGUGGAUCUGUGGUCGAAUUGGAGCGGGGGACGGUGGGUCUGGGUUUAGGGUUGGAGUGCGAUCGCAAGGAGAGUGGGGAUGCAGAUGGCAUUGUGUGGCGGGUUGGUGAGGAGAAGGAUGGGAUUCGGAUUGGGCGAGCAGUCAUGGUAGAGAACGGCAAUUUGAACGAUUUGCGGGGUAAGGAUCUGGAUCUGGACGGCAAGGUUAAGUCGGUCACCGUCAGAGAUCCGGAAACGAGGGAAGGCAAACGGGAAGACGGGGAAUUGACAGUGGAGAAUGGGGGCGACUGCGAAGAAAGUGUCGAUCCCGUGAUAAAACUAGCAGUGAGUGGGGUUGAUGUUUGUAGGAAAACGACGGCCUCCAGUGAUGUGGCAGAGGUAAAAAUUGAAUCACAAUCAGAAGGAACUGAUGGAGGACAUUCCAAGGAAGAGGCAGACACUAAUGAACAGAAAGAGGAAAAUGAAUAUGAGAUGCCCAGUGAAAAGGAAAGUGAUGCAAAAGGUGGAGCAUGCAAGGAGAAAGGGGAGAUGAGCAGGGAGGAGGUGAGCUUCAAGAAUAAUCAUGAUCACAUGGAGGAUAAUUGUAGUCUGGAACCCUCUAAGAAUACAAAUGAAGUUGAAACAGACUCAGUUACUAAGGUAGGAGAAAAGCAAGAAGGUGAAACCUCAUUGGAGGAGACAAACCUUGAAGAAGAAUUAGAAUUUGUUGUUGAGGUACAAAAGAAAUCUGAGACUGUAGUUGCAGUUGAUGACCAAGUUAGCUCAGACCCCACCAUUGAUGACAAAAAGCAAGAACCUAAUAUCAUUGGCAUUGAAGCCAAUGAGCAAGCAGUAUCUGAAUCAUCUGUGAUAGAAGGUAGUGAACUAGAAGCAAAAAUUGUGGCCAGUGAUAUGUACCAUGAACAACAGAAAGCAUUUGAUGGAAAGGAAGAGAAGCUGGAGAUCAUUGCUAAUCCUACAGGUGCUGAUGACCAAGCAGAUAAGGCUGCACCCUUUGCAGUCGAAACAAAAGAGCUGCAGUCUGUGCCUAUGACACCAAAGAAUCAUGACCAAGCAGAGUUGGUUGUUCUUGAAUCCCAAGUUACAGGGACCAAAGAUCAAGAAGAACUAGAAGUAGGUACCAAAGUAGAAUUGGAGAAGGAUCCACAGAUUGCGUUGACAGACUUUCAGAACCAAGCUGAACUGAUGCCAGAUGCACAAGUUGAUAAAGACCAGAAACCUGAGAAUUUUGUUACAGAUGCCAUGCCAUCUGAAUCUUCUAUUGAGCAUAUGGAAAUGAAGCUGUUGAAUGUUACCAAUAAUAUAUGCUUGGAUGAAAAUGGGACAGUCUUAGAUGUUGAUAUAAGAAGCAGUUUAUUGGCAGUUGAUGUCAGAGUAAGUAAAGAUGAAGCAGGUGGUGAAUUCACUGGGACUGGUGAAAUCAUAGCCAUCAAACUUUCUGAUGAUGUACCUUCUACAGAAGGUUCCAGCAGCUCAGGUGUGCCUCACGUUGUUGACCGGGAAAUGUUGGUAGAAGUUGCUACUUCUAUGGAAUUGCUUCUAGAUGCCAAUGCACAAUCCUACAGUUGUGAAGAAGCAAGUCAAACGGAAUUGGAAGGUGGUAAUUUCAGUGCAGUAGAUGUACCGGGCCCAUCAGAUACCAUUAGCAGUAUGCAUUUAGAAUCACAACUUGUUAAUGAAGGUGAAAGUAUGUCAUAUUUUGCUAAUAUUCAUACGGACAUACAAGUCAAGUUAUGCAAUGAUGCAGCUGAAAAUGAAAGUGUUGUUGCUGAAACUGGCUUUGAUGUAGCUGCUGAUCAUGUUGAUACAGUUGAAUCGAAAUCCAGGGUUGAAAAUGGAUCUGUAGAAUCAAAAACUUCUUUGGCCAGUUCUAUUGAAGAUAACCCAUCUGCUGAUGUGGAUGACAAAGAAGCUCGGCAUGGGGAUUCUGGAGUUACAGAAGAGAUUCAGGUCUCAACAAAGGAUCCUGGUGCUUCAACAUUCGAUGCUCAGAAGGCGGACACCCCUAUAGGGAAACCCCAAGCAUGUUACAUAAUUAGAAUACCAAGAUUUGUUGAUGAUCAGCUCUCAGCAAAUAUACAAAUUGCUCAGUCAGAAAUGAACGAGAAAACACAGAAAAGGGAUUCUAUCAAAGUUGCUAUCGAGAACCAGAAGGUGUCCUGUAAUGAAUCAUGGAAAAAGUUUGAAGAUGCCAAAGCAGAAGAGAGAGCUGCAAGAGCUGCAGUUAGUGCCAAACGUCAACAGAUAGAUUCUGUCCAGUUAAUGAUGAACAAGUUGAAAAAUGCACAUUCAAUUAAUGAACUCCAUGAUAAGAUACAAACCAUGGAAUUUGAGCUUCAGCAUGAAACCAUGCCUUUGAAAGAAGAAAAGCAAUACAUACAUGAGCUCAAACAGUUGAGACAUCAACGGGAUCAACUUACUUCCAGUUUAGGUUCUCAGGCAGAAAUUGAUGAGGCAUUUAACCAAAGAGAACAGAUUGACAAGCGGUUCAAGAUUUUGAAGAAGGAACUGGAUACCCUUAGAACUGAAUUGUUGCAAACUGAAAGGAAUGCAAAUACUGCCAGGAAGAAGUAUGAUGAAGAACAAUUACUUCUCAAACGUCUUCAACAACAAUUUAGAGAUGCUGAUGCUGUUCGUCAGAAAGCAUAUGGGCAUUGGCGGGAACUCAAAAAUUUGUUGAUCGAAAAGAACAAACAUUUUAGCAUGUACAAAAAUGAUCAGAAGUCCGCAGAGAACUAUCUAUCUUCAAGAGAUUUUGAGGGGCUCCUGCGACAUUGUAGUAAACAGGUUGAAAAAGUAAUGGAAUUGUGGAACAAUGAUGAGGAGUUCCGCUUGCAGUAUGUUAAAUCCAACAUGAACAGCACAUUGAGGAGAUUGAAUACAUCUGAUGGAAGAUCACUUGGCCCAGAUGAGGAUCCACCUGUUAUACAUAGUAACCAGGGCAAAGGUUUAGGCCUUCAUCACCCACAAGCCAACGUUGGUGUAUCUGUUAAACCUGUAGCUUUGGAGGCAAAAUUAGAAACAUCCAAAGAGGACUCAUUUCCCGCUUUGCCAGCAGCAACGAAGAAUCAGCCUGUUAAACCAAAAAAACCAGCAAAACCCAUGUUAGAUGAGACUAAGGAAACAUCUACUGCUAGAGUUUUGGAUAGAGAAGUCGAAAACAGUGAGAAGGUGAUCAGUGUAAUAAAGGAGGAAGAGGAGCGGAUAAAGAACUUACAAGAAUCCUCUAAGAAGGAAGAGGAAUUGAGGAAGGAAAAGGCUACAGCCGAGUUAAAAGAACAGUGUCGGCUGGAGCAAAGGGCUAAAGCCAAGGAGGCAGAAGAAAGGAAAAAGAGACAAGCCGAGAAGGCACAGGCCAGAGCAGACUACCAAGCACAGAAGGAAGCUGAACUGAGAGAGAAGAAGAAAGCAAAGAAACAGAAAAAGAAAGGCAUGACUGCUGAGGACACAACAGGUGGCGCCGAGGACGGCCCUGCUCCCUCUACUGAUACUAUUAUGCCCAAAGCAGCUCGUGAAACCGAUGUCACAGUAACAACAGCACCAAAGAGACCUUCAAGGGCGGCUAUCACAACAAAGCAGUACAAGAUGCAGCCUGUUCCCUUGCCACUUCGCAAGAGGGGUAGGAGAAAGAUGGCUACAUGGAUGUGGGUGUUUCUAACAGUUAUAGUAGUACUCUUAUUGUUUCUGGCAGGCAACUACAUCUCCUUCUCCAGCUUCAGCUUCCCACAAUCGGCCCCGUGAGCAUCUUCAUACCCCAUACUUACACAAGCAUAUAUUUAUUAAGGUCUAGAGAGGAUAGGAAUGAGUAAAUGUUAUUAAAUAUUGAUUGGCAACCAUUUUUUCCUGCACUACUCGGUCUUCUUUCAUUAGAUUGGUCUCACUCAUAUAGUCUGCUCUUUCUAUUUGCAAUCGAGGAUUAGACUCAAUAUGGAUGAUAAUUAAUGUGUGAUGCUUAAGUUCAAAAUAAUAGGAAUUUUGUGGUUCUUUUAUUCA